AUGUAUCAAGAACUUAGAGGUGAGAAAACAAAUACUCCUUGGUAUAAACUUUUCUUUCAUAAUGUUGCGAGACCUUGGGCAAGAUUCACCUUAUGGAUAGAUCUUUGGAAUAUAUUACCAACAAAGAGUAGGUUGGCACGGUUUGGCAUUGCAACAGAUGGAAAAUGCAACUUCUGUAGGAGUGAGGAGUCACAAGAACACAUGUUCUUUGCUUGUAGCUUCACUGGUGAAAUCUGGCAGAAGAUUUUGAAUUGGAUUGGGUUUAAUAGGGUACCCUACGGCUGGAAUAGUGAGAAGGAAUGGGCUGUGGUGGAAACUUCAAAAAAAGGUUGGAAAAGGCCCAUCCUCAAGGCUGCUAUUGCAGAAACAAUAUAUGCUAUAUGGACAUUACGUAAUGCUAUCAUCUUCAAGGAUCAAAGCAUGGAGGAAGACAUACAACAUAAGACCAAAACUAAUGUUGCUAUUAGAUGUAGUGUGAUUCCUAAGCUCUCUAACCAUGUUAACUUAGAGGAGCUUAGCAUUAGAUAG